AUGAAUCUCAGUACACAGUCUGGUUUUCAGAAUUGGAAAGAGGAUGAUUCCUUUCUUGAAAAGAGGGUAACAAAUUUUGCAAACCUGGAAGGGGGGAAAGUCUAUGUGUUAAAGUGGCAUUUUGUUUCAGCAGACAGACUUGGACAAAUGGAAGAGCUUAAUGAAAGAGCACAAAACAAAACAAGAGUGAUGGAAUUCAUCUUCCUUGGCUUCCCUGGGUCUCUCUAUGUACAGAUGGGGAUCUUCAUGAGCUUUCUUAUCAUGUACAUCUUGACAGUUUUAGGGAAUGUUACCAUCAUCAUUCUAGUGAUAACUAACUCUCAUCUCCACACACCCAUGUACGUCUUCCUUUGCAACCUUUCAUUCCUGGAACUAUGGUUCACAAUGGCCAUCAUGCCUAAAACCCUUGCUGUCUUCCUUGGAGAGAGCAGAAGCAUCUCUUUCACGGGUUGCCUCCUGCAGAUGUUCUUCAAUUAUUCCUUUGGGUGCACAGAAUUCUUCAUGCUAUCUGUUAUGGCUUAUGACCGAUAUCUGGCUAUUUGUUAUCCACUGCACUACAGCACCCUAAUGGACAUCAAACUCUGCUGCAAGUUAGUUGUUGUUUCUUGGCUAUUUGGGUUUCUCGCUAUGAGCACACCAACCGUUCUGAUCUCAAAGUUGUCCUUCUGUGGACCCAAUGUGAUUAACCAUUUCUACUGCCACAUUGAUUCCUGGAUACUUCUGUCUUGUACUGACACUUAUUCUGUUGAAAAGGCAAUGUUUGUUGUAGCCAUCAUUGUCAUUUUUGGUUCCUGUUUGAUAACGUUUCUUUCCUAUGUAUACAUAAUUUCUACAAUACUGCGCAUUGCUUCUGCCAAAGGUCGUCUAAAGGCCUUUUCAACAUGCUCCUCCCAUUUGGCUGUUGUGAUUAUUUGGUAUGGCUCUUCCAUGAUUCUUUAUAUCAAACCUUCUAAACGAUCGUCGGCAGAAAUGACCAAAAUUGUGAACAUCUUGAACACUAUUGUGACUCCUUUGUUGAAUCCUUUUAUCUACUCACUAAGGAACAAAGAUGUGAAGAAGGCCUUAAAACAUUCAUUAUAUUGGAGUCAAAGAAAAACAUUUGUUAUGUGA